CCGAUCAUCCACCAGCUUGUAGUAGCUCGUGCGCACUAUUAUAUAGUCCAGCCGGAUUGCAGGCUCUCGGUGUGGCUGGAAGUAGCAUCGCUCGGAGAGGCUCCACCAGAUUGUGACAGGAAGUCGUCCAUCGACGUGUGCCGUGGCUGCACGGAGAGUCAUGAUGCAGAGCGGUAGUCCCGGAUAUGAUUGAAAAGGAGGUGGUCGUGGUUGGUGCGACUGAUGAGAGGAUUUGGGAGGGGUUUGCUGAGAUCCAAGCGCUGCGGUGGCUUCAGCUUUGCAGGUGUGCGAAAGUGACUGCCAGCAACUACCAGCUUCCGAGCUCUUUCACGUCCCAGAAAGUCUCGUAAGGUGGCUGAGAUUACGAUGGCCGCUUGAGGUGGCAGCCGUGGUGCUGGAUUGCUUGCGUUUCCGUUGUUCAACGAUCGGGUUAGGAUUUGUAGCUGGUUUAGUGAGGUGCAGGCCCUUGGAGGCAAGUCUUUUGGCACACCGUGUCCUAGCUUUGGACGUCAGUGAUGUGCCCAUCGAGGUUCUUGACUUUCGACCAGCGGCCAAGUUCCGGUGAAGCUUGAUCGGUUUCGCGAUCACGAGCUACAUGUGAUAACCGCUGUAGUAGAAUCGGAGAGGAGGGUACGCCGAGGUCGGCGUUGGCAACCAUGCGAGCUGACUGUGGGCCGCGUUGCGAGGUUCUCAAGGCCGCGGUGCUGGCGCAGGAGUGCGACUUCCGUCACUACUUGUUCAGAUGCUUGUGUGCGUCGUAGAGCUACGCCGACGUCUUGAAGGCAUCGGAGUGACGGGGGUGCCAUCGCACGAGGUGACGGGACUGGUUUGCAUCAUGGUUGGGGUACUUUUGCUGUUGGUUUCGUGUAUGAUCAAAGGAUGAAAACGUGUGAUAAAAGCUGGAGAUUCGGGAGCUCGCGGCUGAACAAGAUUCAGAGUGUGUGAGCUUCAAGUUGCGCAGCAGUCACUGGAAGUAUCUUUGCUGUGCAGCGUCAGGGUCGUCCGACAGAAUAGUCCGAGACAGUGGGAGCGGAGAGUGUGAUUUGCACGAGAAGUAACACAGAGAUGGCAGCGUGAGUCCGAAACAUCUGCCGUCCUGCUGGUCGGUAGAGCCGCCAUUUCCUGCUCGGCGAGAGAAGUCGGUUGCAUGGAUAAGCAAUGCGGAUGUUGUGGACUGUUAUGGUUGCGGAAGAAGGGCUCCGGGGGCGAGGGCAAGUGCUCGUCGAAGCCGAUUGUGAAGCGCAUAUCGAAAGAGCACUUGCUCGGCAACUCGGCUGAGUUGGAUGACAAGGCCGCGCACCAGGUGGUCCGGCAGGUGGCCAAGUUUCCUCCCACAAGCUACCGACCGCCUGAGGAGGAGCAGGUGGGCGAGGCUCAUAGAGUGGAGGGCAGAUUGUAUCCGUUCAAGGAACUGCGAGGAUCUCGCGCACCUCUGAUUCUGCCACUCCUGAGAGCUGGCGUGAAGGAGACUCGCCACGAAUUCCGGUCCCAGGAUGCGGAGGGGAACAAAAUGGUGAACGAGUAUGUGCGGAAGUGCAAGAUCGGGACGGGGAGCUUCGGGAAAGUGGUUUUACACCAGAGCAAGAAAGAUGAGAAGCUGUAUGCAAUCAAGGUAAUUGUCAACAAGUCGCGGCUUCGCAGGAUGAAGGUUUCUCCGAGCGAAACUGCCAUGAUGGACGUUCUCCGGGAGGUGGCCAUUCUGAAGCGGGUGGAUCAUCCGAACGUAGUGAAACUGUACGAGGUAAUCGACGAUCCGAAUAGCGAUCGCCUCUACAUGGUGAUGGAGCACGUGGAAGGCAAGUCCAUCUUCGAAGGUUGUGGAUCCCCUGGAGGCAUCGGCGAAGCUGCAGCGAGGAAGUGUUUUCGAGAUGUGGUUGCCGGGCUUUCGUAUCUACACAACCACAACAUCAUCCAUGGCGACAUCAAACCCGAGAACUGCCUGAGGAGUGUAGAUGGUUCAGUCAAAAUAUGCGACUUUGGUUGCAGCCGGACAUUUGAGGGAGAUAAUGACGAACUGUGGCGAUCCCCUGGAACUCCAGUCUUCACAGCCCCCGAAUGUUGCUCAGGCUUGACAGGGAGUUAUUACCGUGGGCGGCAAGCAGACGUGUGGGCUCUGGGGUGCACUCUGUACUGCAUGGUGAUGGGGCGCUACCCGUUCAUGGGCGACACACUCCCUUCCAUCUAUGAGAAGAUUGUGAACCAGCCUUUGUUGGUCCCGGAAGCCACAAACCCGGAGCUGGCGGAUUUGCUGAGAGGGCUUCUGUGCAAAGAUGCAAGGAAACGUUUUUCAUUGGCGGUAGCAGCCGCUCAUCCAUGGUCGACGCGCGGGUACGCGCAAGUGCAAGCAAGCUGUAACCCGACAGUGUACGAGGUGCAGCAUCCAUUUCCGGCAGGCGGGGCUGCAUUGGCAGUGGGCGGGAACGGAAGCGUGGAGCUGGGAAGCGUAGUUUGAUGGGGGAACCAGUUGUCAUGCUGCACGGGGUGUAGAGGAGGGAACAAAGCGAGAGGAUCCCAAGCAUCAGGGUGCGCGUCUCAACUCCGUGGGGCAUUCGGUUCGGAAGAGUACCAGUUUGAGAUUCUCACGCCCAGUGCGCACUUUGUGUGGAUGAGCGCUGAAGCAGGCUGGGUUGUCCGCGGGAAGGAUUCAGUUUUGUUGGCGAAAGCGAGGAAUAUACAGAUGGCCUGUACACUCGUGUAAGACUACAUGCGCGCUUACAUCCACAGCAAAGGUUUCUGUACACAGCGUAGGGGCGUAGUGGAAGCAUUUGAUGGUGGUGCAUCCCAGAGUGCAACCUUGAUUGAAGCAUAUGUUGGGUGGAGAGGAAACAUGGACUUUUGGUACGUGUGGUAAUGCGAUGCGUACCCCCGAAGUGCGGACAAGUAUGAAGGAUGUGAAGGACACCCAAUGGUGCAGCAGAUUCGAGCAGUUGGGCUCAUCGUAACUGACAGCCUGGUUUCCAGGUCUUGGUGGGAUAGGAUUGUAGUGCUUUGCAGAGUGCAAAUGCAUAACAGGUGAAUCGGUAUAGCCACCCUCUCAUUGGCCCGACUUGUACAGAACACGUGGUUGGCAAUUUGAUAGUGCUGAAAUUGCAAGCUUUAUUGAAAUCGUGGGUUAUCAGUGACUUCUAUCAAACUGAGCUUGAACUACAUUAGAAACCAACCGUAUGCAAUUUUGUAAGCAGCAUCAGGAUUUGGAGUUGGCUCAAGGUUUGUCUUGGUGUUGGAAAUGCCAGAUUCCACAACCUAAUGGUAGAUCGUAUUACAUCGUGAAAAAGGGAAAGAUUAAAAUUAGUGGCAUGCGUUCAAAGUUUGAGAAUGCUGUGAAUACUGCUGUGGGUUGUCUUGUAUUGAAAUGUGGAUUUUAUACAAGUCAUAUUGAAACCCACAAGCCUUUGGAGUUGAUUCAUGCAUAUUUUUUUUGUUUA